UCGGAUCCAAUAGCUUCGUACUUCAAUUUCUUCGGUUUCUCUUCUUUCCGUCUGGUUUCUUCUCGCUAGCUUAGUUCUUCAUAUUUUCAUCAAAUUCCUUCUUGGAUCGAGUUAACUUAUUUUGUUCGACUCAUGUUAAUUUGCUGCUUCAUGUAGUGCAUAGUUUUCUACUUGAAAAUUUCCCCCUUUUUUCUAGAGGGAAUGAUGAUUGGAGAGUGAUUAAUUUGUAGGAAUUGUACCGAGCCAUUUCGGCAGUUCUGCUCAGAUUUAGGAAGGAUAAGGAUAGAUUUCGUGAUUGUUUGAUUUCUUUCCCUCGUUUCCUUCUGCUUACUUAAUUUCAUAUGCAUGCCAUCCAGAAGCGAAACCCUCACCGUGACUUACCUGGAUCUUCUUCGAGCAGAGAGAUCCAUGGCCUCCUCAAUGAUGUCGUCGGUGCCGGUCUCCACGGGCUCCGUGAUCACCGUGGCCUCGCCGUCGACGGUCGGCUCGAUCUCCGGUGGCGCGGCAGGUGGCACGGGGUCGCCGUGCGCGGCGUGCAAGUUCCUGCGGCGCAAGUGCCAGCCGGAAUGCGUGUUCGCGCCCUACUUCCCGCCGGACAACCCACAGAAGUUCGUGCACGUCCACCGUGUCUUCGGCGCUAGCAAUGUCACCAAGAUUCUCAACGAGCUCCACCCCUGCCAGCGCGAGGACGCCGUCAACUCGCUCGCCUACGAGGCCGACAUGCGCCUCCGCGACCCUGUCUACGGCUGCGUCGGCAUCAUCUCCGUCCUCCAGCACCGCCUCCGCCAGCUCCAACAGGAACUCACCCGCGCCACCUACGAGCUGUCAAAAUACCAGGCGGCGGCUGAAGCUGCGGCGGCCUCCGCGGCCGUGGGAUCCAACGGUGCGCCGGCGAUGGCGGAUUUCGUCGGCAACCCAGUGCCCAACCGCACGCAGAACUUCAUCAACAUCGACCACUCCACCGCGGCGGCGAUCGGCGCGGUCAGCGGCGGGGCUGGGUUCGUGCAGCACGACCAGUUAGCUACCAUGAAGAUGCUAAGCUACGAGGAGGAGGCUGCGGCGAGGUUCGACAUGAACGGAGGAGGAGGCUACAACUUUGGGUACUCGUCGACCAUGGGUGCCGGGCUUGGGUACGGUGCCGUGUCUGACCUUGGGCCGAUCGCCGGUGGGUCGUUCUUGAAGCCUGGAACAACCGGCGGGAACGAGCGGUCCACCGCCGCGCAGUAGUGUGGAGUGUCUGAUCUGGCAGGUAAAUGACUUCAGAGCCCGUCAAGACCCGAGAAGACUAAAUUAAGUGCAAGAUGGAAAUCCUUGGCAUCCUUACUAAGAAACUAUUUAUUACUACCGUUUAAUUGGUGAUGUCAUUUUUCUCCAUUCGCCAACUUGAAAAAUAUGUAUCCAUGUUCUACCCUGUGUGAUUUGAUGCAUUGCAUUAUGUUGUUUUGUUGUUCCACGAU